CGGCGAGCGGCCGUCGGUCGGCGGCGGCCCCGCGCGCCGGGCGUCCGGGCUGGUGCGCGCAGCUGAGCCAUGUCCACCGCGCUGCUGUCCGCCUUCUGCGACCUGGACUUCCUGCACUCGGCCGAGCCGUCGCUGGGCAGCCUGAGCCCGGGCGUGCUGGACGCGAGGGCGGCGGGCUCGCGGGCGGGCGGCGCGCCCGGCCCGCGCUACAAGACGGAGCUGUGCCGGCCCUUCGAGGAGAGCGGCGCCUGCAGGUACGGCGACAAGUGCCAGUUCGCGCACGGCGGCCGCGAGCUGCGCCUGCUGGCGCGCCACCCCAAGUACAAGACGGAGCUGUGCCGCACCUUCCACUCGGCCGGCCUGUGCCCCUACGGGCCGCGCUGCCACUUCAUCCACAACGCCGACGAGCGGCGGCCGCGCCCCGCGCCCCCCGAG